UUCCCUUCAGCGGGAGAGAUUAGGUUACAACGGCAGAUGUCUUUGCAGAAUUCAUACCAAAACACCUUCUUGGAAAACUCACAGGUAUACGACGACAGAAGGGUUUUGGAGUCUUUCUUGAGCUUUCUCUGACAGUACAUGUAUUUUAUCCUGCUAGUGCGCUAAAGUGUUGUCUUGAAGAAGGGAGCGCUGUCAGUUUAGCAGACGAUAUCCGGGGCGAAGCAGACGACACGGUUCAACUUUACAGUGAGGCAAAAAUUGGAUACUGAUGCACAGUGAGAUCUUCUAGUCAACGAUGUUUACAACAGAUAGGAUGUCCCCGUGUGUUCGAAUGCUGCUGUUACUUGCGUCACUCACUACAGCGAUGUCUCAAGAUUCCCCAGUAACCAUGUGUCUGAAGGACGACGACAGGAACAGGACUCUGAACGUGACGCUAACGUGUCCGCCAAAAACGAUCAUCGCCGUGGGAAAAUCAUUCUUCGGACAGAAUCAGUGGGGACUAUGUACCUUGACCAGAGACGACUGCACUGAAAACAUCCUCAGUAUGAACGUCUGUGACGGCAAGAGAAACUGCAGCAUCUCCUUCCCCGGCACGUACACCACCAAGUGCGGUUUCGCUACCUUCCUCAGGGUCGCGUACGACUGUGUAGUUGGACCCAUCAAUACACCUCCCCACGUGGAACAGAGGACACCUGACCCCCCGCAGCAGAAACGACCUUUGACUCCGCCCCCUACUCACCCCAGGCGCGUGGCCAGCUCGGACCCCGUGGUGACCCCACAAAACAAUGAUGACACUGCCUUGAUUGCCGUGUGUGCUGUUGCUGUCGUCAUCACGUUGCUGGUUCUCACCUUCGCCAUCUACCUCGUCAUCAGGCGGCUUCUCGGGGUCCACCAAGACGUUCACAGUCCAGGUCUCAUCAAAAGCAACGGAAUCUCGGGUCUAUUCUAUGGACAGUUUGGAUGUAUUUUCUCCCGUUGUCAUGAGCAAGACCCUGAAGAUGGUGGGGAGGGACUCGGAGCUCCACCUGCAGAGCAGGACGAUGACGAUGAAAGCAGGGUGGCACCUGUAGGAGCUGCCGCGGUGGAGGAAGUGUACGAAUUGGGUAGACCGGAUAUGACGUCAGAUAGUCCAAACCAGACAGACGUUACGGGUCAGAAUCCCACUGAAGGUAACUCUGCACGUGGGUCACAUGGAACGGAAGUACACAGUGAGAUGAGUCCUCGGGGUAGCAGAGUUGUUGGUGUGGGUGCAGCUGCUACAUCCGGUGAUGGGGUCAGCGCUGCCCGGGGGAUGGACACAAGCCAUGUUCGAUUGGAUGCCGUGGCAGUGCCGAACACAGAGCUCUCAACACUGUGCUAGACUGGAACAGACACCAGGCCCACAGGGGAGGGUAUCUAUAGGUCGCCAUUGGCCACUAUGACAGUUAGGUCUGGGUUAAAUCACCAUAGGCAGCUCAAGAGGGCAAGAUAACUUGUACCUCGUUUGUCUGACCACUUGCUCACAAUCACUGAACGUUCGCGAGUGAUUAGUGUCUCAUGGACCAAAAGGAUGCCUGAGAUAUACAUUGACCAUAUUUAUGCUACAGAAGUUUGUGAACUCUGUGUUGAUUGAAAUCUUUCCAAGAAAGACUACUUUUGGAUGACUCUGAGAUGAGUUCAGGUCUACCAGCUACCGGAUUCGUUUCUGGAAGCAGCAUUUCAAGCCCAAGUUAAUUAUUUUUUAUUUAUAUUGUUGACGUUUGAGUGUUUGAACUGUAUGGAAGUGUUGUAUGGAGUACAUGGGAUUGACACAGAAAUGUGAAGUUGUUGUUUUUUUCAAUGUUGGCAUAUUAUUUUUUCACAAAAAAACAGACAAAAAAAGCAUCAGAAGGGAGGUGUGUAGUUAUUGUGACACCAUACAGUCUGUGUGUGGCCUCAUUUUAAUGCAAGUUGAUGCACUACAAACGACUGUGACUGCUGUGACGAUGUAAAUAUUAAACAAGUACAUAUUUACUAAAA